AAAGUGAAGAAAACAGAACAUUAAAAUGCAUAGGCAAAGUGGUCUGACGGCAGCGGAAGGAUUUACUUGUAAUCCUUAAAAAUACGUUGUGCCAACGAAGAAUGUCAGGGACAUCAAAUGUAGAAUCUGCUGAAGGAGUAGUCUCCAAAGUUAAAGUCAAAAAGCAGAUCAAGACUAUCGUGAAGGAUUUGGAGACCAUACUGGGAGACUUGAGGGAUGUAGCUAAGGAACUCAAAGAGGUUGUGCAUGAGAUCGACUCCCUCACGUGUGACCUACAGCUGGAGGAGGAGAUGACAGACAGUUCCAAGACAGACACCCUGAACAGCAGCUCUAGCAGCACCACCACCACCACCACAGCCUCCAGCAUCGACAAGAUCAAGAUCGCCAUCUUUAGGCCCCCAUCUGUCAGCCACGCCAUCCUGACCGUGAUGAAGAAGCCCCACCCUCCGUUGCCCCCUCCCAGGCUGACACCUAUCAAAGCAGAGGAGCACAACAAGAACCCACUAUCAGGGAGCCUACUAGCCAAGGCUAACGGGACUCUUAUGCGUAAUGGUGUUUUCCCAGGGAAGCCAAACAGAGACUUAUCGUGUUGCAUCUCUAAUAGUACAAAGGAAGAGAGAGGACGUAUGCCUAUGCCUUUGCUACGGCAUGAAAAGACCAAAUGCCCCCAGGCAACCCGGGAGAGGGUCCGAUUCAGUGAAAAGGUCCAGUAUCACGGGUACUGCCCUGACUGUGACCUGCAAUAUGACGUUGACAACACAGAUAUGCCCUUACAGACAGAAUUUACUGAUGACAUGAGCCCUGUCCAUCAGUGUUCCUCCUCCUCACCACCAUCCCAGCUCACGUUAGAAAAUGGCGGUCUAAGUGUCAGCCAUAGUUUCCCUCCUACAAAACUGCCUUGUGUGCCUCAUUCUAACCCUUCCCUGAAACCACAGAAAACCAUCCUUCGAAAAUCAACCACCACAACGGUUUGAUGUUAAUCACCCUUAAUUUAAAUAUUUCUAAAUAAUUUAUAGUGUUUUCUAUUUCAUGAGCACUUUCUACUCCAGUCAAACGUGGAUUAUCUAAACGAUGAGGAAAAAAGAGCGCUAGAAGACGUGGCCUUGAGCUCAGAAAUGCACAAGGAGAGAAUGA